AUGACGGAAAGGCAUGCCCCCUUGCAGCCUCUGGUGGAUACCCACAAACCGCAGUGGUGGAAGCCGAUCAUCAAACGCGCCAUAGGGGAAGGACUCGUAAGUGAAAUGCAUUUGUUCUCUCAGGAGGACAUGAUUGAUGGCUCCAAUAUAAGAAGCUGCUAUUUCAAACCGAAACCUGAGCGAAGAAACGGUCGAAAAGAAGUCGAAGCUCCGGAAGAACGUGGUUUCGGCUGGAGCAAGAAUCUGGACGCUCGGUUGGCGAAAACCUCUAUCGCCCUGUGCAACCUGUUCUGA